AUGGGUGGAAUAUCGUCGAGAGCGAUGGGGUCAUCUCGAGUACCCUUUCCGAUGAGAGGACUUCGCGGGUCUCGAAUCACCCCGCAUGAUCAGUACUCCUCUUCUAUCGGCGUUCUAGGUUGCUACAUCGACACUAACCGCGUAGCAUAUUUCCCAUUCGCUCCGGGAUGCAACAAUCUCUGUGUACACAUCUGGUCAGAACAAGCUGAUUUGUAUCUUCUUCAUGUAGAUCAGUCUGGGGGUGCAUUUGACAUAUCUUACGAUGCAUGGAACUUCUUGAAUGUCGGCGAGUCAGCGAUAACGCGGCCAUCUACUGGUGGCGGUAUAUCCGUGGGAUACAAAUUUGUUGACAUGGCACAUUGUGCGUCUUUAGUCCAGACGCCUGAUGGCAAGCUACCUCUCAUGGCAGCAAAUUCGAUGAAUUAUUACACUGCAUGCAUGGAAAUGGGCAUAUCCGAGAAGUCUACCCUCUAUAAUAUCCAAGAUGCCUCCUGCACCCUUGGAUAUAAUGAAAUAUGCUUUCUUGAUCUCUUAGUUAGCAAUCAGCCAUCUUGCCCACACAUACUGGGCAGCCAGGAGCCUUUAGAAGGACUGCAAGUUAAAAAUAUCGUAUACGGCAGCUCUUGUACUGCUUAA